AUGUCUGUUCAUGGCGGACAAACACCAGUGCGAUUCCCAGAAAACCUUUACCGUCAUGUAAGCCCUACAUCGAUUGAAGGAAAUCUGUGUCAAAUUUGCCCUCUGCCUUCUCCACUACUGAAGUUAGCAAAUCCCAAGAGGAGGGAACGACCAGUAGGUUGUACUUACAGUGUGCAGAGGCUGUUAACCACUGUGAUUUGGAACCAGUUGCAUAUGAAGCUUUUUCCUCCGGCGCUGCGUAUCUGCUUCCCUUCAUCUGAAUCAUUCCUCUUCCAGAAUCUUAGCUUCUCCAUUGCCAUCGUUCUCCACUGCUUCGUCUUCAGUGUUAUUGUUCCAGCCAGAUGAUACUAAUACUGCAAACUGGUGACACGAAGCUGUAUAUAUCGUUUUGGAUUAGGGAAUGUCUAUUCCCACUUGGAGUUUGGGAAUUGUGAAGCACAUCCAUGAAGCUGGGACAGUUUUGUAUAUUGUAAUAGCAACAAGUAUGAUGAAUAAUACUGGAUUUUAAAUCGCAGAAAAUGACAACUCAAAUCACAAUCUUACAUAUAACUAGGUCAAAGAAGGAAGCUCAUCUGGCAAGAUUGUUGAGGUGGUCUAUAAAUGUGAUCCUUUCCUUUUAAUUUAUAAAAUUCUUUCCUACGCUUAUUAUUCCAUUACGAAAUUUCAUAUUUCCAU